AUGGAGGGGCCCCAGAGCUUCACUCGGUUCUCUUUGCUGCUGCUGUUUCCACUGCUGCUGCCGCUGGGCCCAGGCUGGCCCACUGCUGCUCAGAGCUGCCCGUGGAUCUGUGUCUGUGACAACUCCAGGUGGCAUGUUGCCUGCCAGCACCAGAACCUCACCGAGGUGCCAGACACCAUUCCCGAGCUGACCCAGUGGCUGGACCUCCAGGGUAACAUGCUGAAGGUGAUCCCCCCAGCUGCCUUCCAGGCUGUGCCCCACCUGACACAUCUGGACCUGCGCCAUUGUCAAGUGGAGCUGGUGGCUGAGGGCGCCUUCCGUGGUCUGGGUCGCCUGCUGCUCCUCAACCUAGCCUCUAACCGCCUGAGCACGCUGCCCCAGGAAGCGCUGGAUGGACUGGGCUCCCUGCAGCGGCUGGAGCUAGAGGGGAAUCUGCUGGAGGAGCUGCGUCCAGGCACGUUUGGGGCCCUGGGGGCCCUGACCUCUCUGAACCUGGCCCACAAUGCUCUGGUUUACCUGCCGUCCAUGGCCUUCCAGGGACUACUGCAGGUCCGCUGGCUGCAGCUAGCCCACAAUGCGAUCAGUGUGCUGGCCCCUGAGGCCCUGGCCGGUCUGCCUGCCUUGCACAGGCUCAGCAUGCAUCACAAUGAGCUGCAGGCUCUUCCGGGGCCAGCCCUAUCCCAGGCUCAGAGUCUGGUGCGUCUGGAACUGGGCCACAACCCCCUAACCUACGUGGGUGAGGAGGACGCGCUGAUGCUGCCUGGCCUGCGGGAACUGCUGAUGGACCACGGGGCGCUGCAGGCCCUGGACCCAAGGGCCUUUGCUCGCUGUCCACGCCUACGAACCCUCGACCUCCGCAGGAACCAGCUGGAAACACUGCCCCCGUUGCAGGGUCUGGGCCAGUUGCGCCGGUUACGGCUGCAGGGGAACCCAUUGUGGUGUGGCUGCCAAGCCUGGCCGCUGUUUGAGUGGCUGGCGCGAACCCGCGUGCAGGCUGGUGGCACCUGCGGGGGACCCCGGCAGCUUCGUGGGGAGGCACUGGAUGCUUUGAGGCCCUCGGCCCUGCGAUGCCUGGGGGAUGAUGCAGAGGAGGAAGCGGAGGAGCUGGCAGCCCGGCCCCGAGCCCCCACACGUGCUCCCCAGGAGGAUGAGAGGGCAGCCCAACCUUGCCCUACAGUGUGUGCAUGUGCCUCCGAAUCCCAGCACAGUAGCUGUGAAGGCCGCGGCCUGCGGGCUGUGCCCAGUGGCUUCCCCAACAAUACCCAGCUCCUGGACCUACGGAGGAAUCACUUCCCCUUGGUGCCUGGAGGGGCCUUCCCUGGCCUGGACUACCUGGUGUCCCUGUACCUGCAACACUGCCACAUCACUGAGCUGGAAGCAGGCGCCUUGGCAGGCCUGGGUCGCCUGGUCUACCUCUAUCUUGCUGAUAACCAGCUCUCGGGGCUCAGCUCGGCUGCCCUGGAAGGGGCCACCCACCUUGGGUAUCUGUAUCUGGAACGUAACCACUUCUUGCAGGUGCCGGGGGCUGCCCUGCACGUCCUGCCCAGCCUCGUCUCCCUGCACCUGCAGGACAAUGCCGUGGAGAGCCUGGCGCCAGGAGACCUGGUGGGAGCUCGGGCCUUGCGCUGGCUCUACCUGAGUGGGAACCGCAUCACCCAUGUGUCCCCGGGGUCGCUGGGCCCAGCCCAGGAGCUGGAGAAGUUGUACCUGGAUGGGAACCAGCUGAGAGAGGUGCCCACCAGGGCCUUGGCUGGGCUGCUUGUCCUGGCAGAGCUGCAACUCUCAGGAAAUCCGCUCAGGAUUCUGCACGAGGGGGCCUUCCGGCCUGUGGUCCAGUCACUGAAGCUGCUCUUCCUCAAUGGCAGUGGCCUGGAGCAGGUUUCUCCCCGAGCCUUCGAGGGUCUUGGUCCCAGGCUUCAGAGCCUGCACUUACAGCAGAACCGGCUGCAAGCCCUGCCGGCCCUGCCCAAGCUCACUCAGCUUCAGCACAUUGACCUCAGCGGCAACCCCUUCCGCUGUGACUGCCAACUGCUCCCGCUGCACAGGUGGCUCACAGGGCUGAACAUUAAGGUGGGGGCCACCUGUGCAGUGCCCCCCAGUGCCCGCGGCCAGAGAGUGAAGGCUGCCAUGGCUGCCUUUGAAGCCUGUCCUGGCUGGGCUGCUGGGAAGGCCAAGCGGACACCGGUGCCUCGGCCCAGUACCAGGAGAGCACCCACCAAGGGGAGACGCCAGGGCAUCCAUAAGGCAGCAGGAGUCUGUGCUCUGGCCCUCCAGGGUGCCCCCGAGAUGCAGAGCACCAUGCGGGAGGGAGGUGGGGGACAAGGUGGCGUCCAUCACAGUCCCCAGAGAGCAGAGCUGCCCCGGGGCCUUUAUUACACACACAGCACACACUGUCCCCUCUCCCUGUGA